CUUUCUCUCCUCUCUCCGGGGGCCAUAAAGGCGCAGUGCAGCUUGGCUGUGCUCACACACAGGAGUAACCUGUUGGAUAGCUGGUUUUGCUUCUCUUUCACGCUGACCCAACACCCGGAUCGUCUCCAUACUCCUGAUCCUGUGUUUACCUGCAAAAUCUGGAUCCCUGCACUUUCCCACCCGUUGUAUGAGUUGGUAUGAAAAACUCCUGCUGGAAUGAGAGCCUCUGUCCUAGGAUCAGCCUGUGCGCUUUUGUUGCUGCUGCGGGAGCCUGCGUGUCGGGGUGAUGACGUUACCUCGAGCACAGUCAAUCCAUGCUGUUCCUUCCCCUGUCAGCACUGGGGGGUGUGCGUCCGGUACGGUCAGGACAAGUAUGAGUGUGACUGCACUCGUACCGGCUACUACGGAGAAAACUGCACAGUCCCCGAGCUUUGGACCCGAGUGCGUCAGUUUUUCAGGCCCAACCCAGGUGUGGUGCACUACAUUCUCACCCACUUCCACUGGCUCUGGGACAUCAUCAACCACACUUUCCUGCGGGACGUCCUCAUGCGGCUGGUGUUAACAGUGAGGUCAAACUUAAUUCCCAGCCCUCCAACCUUCAACUCCAAGUAUGACUACCUCAGCUGGGAAUCCUACUACAAUCUGAGCUACUACACUCGACUUCUGCCUCCGGUGCCAAAGGACUGUCCCACACCUUUGGGGGUGAAAGGCAAGGCUGGGCUACCUGACCCUGAGGUGUUGGUUGAGAGGCUUCUGAAGAGAAGGACGUUCCGACCCGAUCCCCAGCGCACCAGCCUCAUGUUCGCCUUCUUCGCACAGCACUUCACCCACCAGUUCUUUAAGACCUUCAAUCGCAUGGGCCUCGGCUUCACUAAGGCUGUCGGCCACGGGGUGGACGCAGGACACAUUUAUGGAGACAGCCUGGAUCGUCAGCUAAACCUCAGGCUUCUCAAAGAUGGAAAGCUGAAAUAUCAGUUAAUUGAUGGAGAGAUGUACCCUCCCAGUGUCGCUGAUGCAUCUGUUAGAAUGAGCUACCCUCCCGGAGUCCCCGCUGAGGCUCAGAUGGCUAUCGGUCAGGAAGUCUAUGGACUUCUCCCUGGUUUGGGAAUGUACGCCACGCUGUGGCUGAGGGAGCACAACCGAGUCUGUGAUAUAUUGAAAGCGGAGCAUCCCACCUGGGACGAUGAGCAGCUUUUCCAGACCACACGGCUCAUUAUUAUCGGCGAGACCAUACGAAUCGUGAUAGAAGAUUACGUGCAGCACCUCAGCGGAUACCUGCUUCAACUCAAGUUCGAUCCCACCCUGCUGUUCGGCUCUCCCUUCCAGUACGGCAACCGUAUCGCUCUGGAGUUCAGCCAGCUCUACCACUGGCACCCUUUGAUGCCCGACAGCUUCUUAAUAAAUGGGGACGAGCUGUCAUACGAACAGUUUCUCUUCAACACGUCUGUUCUGACGCACUACGGCGUGGAGGCCCUCGUGGAUUCCUUCUCCAGGCAAAUUGUUGGGCAGAUUGGCGGUGGGCACAACAUCAAUGCGAUGGUCACCAAAGUAGCCGUUGGGACCAUCAAGGAGUCCCGUGAACUUCGCCUCCAGUCUUUCAACCAGUACAGGAAGCGCUUUAACCUCACGCCAUACACGUCAUUCAGGGAAUUCACCGAUAAUGAGGAGAUAGCACGAGACCUCGAAGAGCUCUACGAUGACAUUGACGCACUGGAAUUUUACCCCGGCUUGUUGUUGGAGAAAACACGAGCGGGGGCCAUAUUUGGAGAAAGCAUGGUGGAGAUGGGUGCCCCCUUCUCCCUUAAAGGCCUCCUGGGAAACCCUAUAUGCUCUCCGGAAUACUGGAAGCCCAGCACCUUUGGAGGAAAGGUGGGCUUUGAAAUAGUAAACUCUGCCACACUCAAGAAGCUGGUGUGUCAAAACACCAGAACGUGUCCUUACGUGUCAUUUAGAGUACCAGCAGAAGAGAAGCAAGAACACGGGCGGGAAGGUGACAGAGGGCAGACUGAUGAGCUAUAACCUUUGCAGACAUCAGAAGGGCCCAAGGGUGUGAUCAAUGACUGGAGGAAGUACAAGCAGCUUGAGGUGGAGCAGAAACAAGAGCAGAAGAAGGAGAUGGAAAGACUGAUCAAGAAGCUGUCGAUGACACACUCGUCUGAUUUUGUGUGUUCAUUCCUGUCUGCUUCACAGAUGACCAUGCAGGAGUACAACAUGCUUCAGGAAGAAGAGGAUGAUGAAGAAUUCCUCCAGCAUUACCGCAUGCAGCGCAUCGAAGAGAUGCGGCGCCAGCUGUGCCGCGGCAAGCGUUUUGAGCAGGUCUACGAGCUAAACAGUGGGGAGGAGUUCUUAGAGGCUUUAGACAAAGAGGACAAAAGCACCCUGGUCAUGAUCCACAUCUACGAGCCGGACGUCCCGGGCUGCGAGGCCAUGAGCGGCAGCCUGAUGUGUCUAGCUCAGGAAUACCCGCUGGUCAAGUUCUGCAGCGUGCGCAGCUCAGCCAUCAGCACCAGCGCACUGUUCAGAGACAGCGCUCUGCCUGCUCUGCUCGUUUACAAAGCCGGGGACCUGAUCGGCAACUUUGUGCGGCUCACAGAUCAGCUCGGGGAAGACUUCUUUGCCGUAGACCUGGAGGCCCUGCUGCGGGAGUACGGCUUGCUGCCCGAAAAGCCUCCCGUCGUCCCAAAGAUGGUUCGCAACGGAGCCAUCAUACAGAGCACUGUGAGCGACGAGGACUCUGACCUUGAUAUAGACUAGAGCCAUAGCUUCUAACAUGUAUGAUAUGCUUGGGAAAACUGUGUACACAGAUGUGGCCCCUCUGUGGCAACAGAGCGAGCCUUGACUGACACCUCACCACUCACGCAGCCACACACAACCAGCAUUAAAGCAGAACCAAAAGUGAGUGCAGACACCACAACUUAGUGCAUUUCAUCCUAUCAUUCCAUAGUAAAUAUGAGUUAUUUGAUGAGUGUAAAUAUCAUUAUCAGAGGGUUUCAGAAUACUGUAGAUGUUUUACGUUUUGUUUGAGCUGACAACUUUACCUAUUUAUUGUGUUAAACCACAUUGCCGUGUAUUCAUGUGCUUCACUGUGUAGAAUAGAAAACCUUUGGGCCAAACUAACUAUUAGUUAAUUUUCUAACUUUUAUAUGUGCUCCACCAUAUCAAAUAGUCAGGACAAUAAAGUGUAAAGUGUUUGGACUUGGUA